AUGGCUGCAACGGUUACAGCUGUGGAGUUGAGUGCCGAGGACAGUGUUUCAUCUCGCGUUCUCUCAUCGAGAUUUCUCUCUGAAAACGUGAAACAGUGCUGGGAAUACACGUCACAACUUUCGAAUCUCACAGCUAUUCACUUAAAAUCUGCUGCAGAGUUUCACAUGUUUAAUCAUGAGGUAAAUGAAGUUCGAGCUCACGCCAAAGAGUUGAGCAAUAUCUCCGGACAACUUCUGGAAGCAUUCUCUCCAGAGGGUCGCGUUGGUGAAACAUCAAAUCUCAGCAAUGAAAUGACUGAGAGACUCAACGCCUUCGAAAAUUUGGUGGAACGCGCGAAAUUUCUUACAUCGAAGGCGCCUUCAAUUUUGCCUGUGGAAAAUCGCCUUCUUGAAGUACGAGAAGGAAGAGCCAAGGGUUUUGAACAUGGUGGGCCCCUAAUGGUUCAGCUUCUCAUAGACUAUGUGGGGAGUCACUUUAGCGUAAAGAAAGGCGAUUCAUUGCCUUUGCUCGACACAACGGAGAAUCCUUACCUUUGGAAAGUGCAGACUCAUAACGGUCCCCAGUACAUUCCCUCAAUAGCUUGUAUUUUGGCGUCGGCAAACAGUGAGCAGAUGCAUGAUGCUUAUGGCUCUUAUUUGAGUUCCGUUUCUUCUUGUAGAACCUUGAUUAUAGUCAAAGAUGAAUGGAACAAAGCUGUUGAGAACUAUAAAAAACAAUUGGCAGUUUUUUACAGCAAAUACCUUGAGGCUAUUGGACACUGCAAGUUUCUUCACGUGACUGAUACCCAAGGAGGGAGACGUUUGAUGGAUGACCUUAACAGGCUCCUCGUACAAUGUCGUAUCGAUGACGGGCGACUGGAAAGAGCGAUGAAUGUCGUGUCAGCAAAAAUGACCUCACGUAUGGAAAAUGCCGACGAGGUGUGGAACCACUCGGAUAUUUCGGCUCUUCACAAGCCACUGCUAAUUCUUCAUGACCAACUUCAAGGAAUCAAAAAAAUUGACGAACAUGCUUCCUCCUUUACACCUCGCAUGGAAGAGUAUGUUUCAGCAAUCAGCUCAGAGGCACAUGGCCUUAAAUCCCAGCUGGAAAGUCUGAGAAUGACCCAUGAUCAACAUAGGGCUGAUCUAAAGCAGCUCUUUGAUCGAGUCCACAACUGGAAAAGCAGUUAUGAGGAAUCAAUUGAAGGACCCACACAAGGAGUUGGACGCCUCGUCUUGUCUAGUCUAUCCUCGAGUUCCGGUAUCUCUUCUGAAGAAUUUCUUCCAAUUCCUCACCCUCCUUCUCCAAUAGGCCGCAUUACGCCAUCAGUUACUCCUGAACCACGGGAGGUGACUGUCUAUGAUGCUUCGGACAUGAGACGGCACAAGCCCUCACGAUUGAGUAUUCAGGCUUUAGAUGAUUUUGAUGAGGUCCAUGUCGAGCCCUCUAGAGUGUUCAGUGGAGGUGCUAAUUUCCAAAAGAAGCAGAUUCAGACCGGUGUGAACGUUAAACAGAAGUGGAUAGCAAAACCUAAAAUGGUCCGCGACGUCGCAACACAACGUCGAUACAGGCGAGCCAUCCAGAACACGCAAACGGAUCUACAUGGCGAUCUUGUUGACUGUAGGCUUUCUAACACUCAAAGCAGAUCGAGCCGCGUAGACUGCAUGACACAAAUUGGCGUAGUGAAAGCACCUAAAGGACAACAGGUUGAUGGGUCCGUUAUUUCCGCAGCCAUGCAAGUUGGAGAACACCGUCCUUCAAUUCAGUCUAUUUCAGAAGAAGUUGUUCUCAAUCGGGCGGAAAAAGCAUACACAACAAGUUCGUUUGGCCAUUUUCCUUGUGAUGUGAAUAAGAGGGAAUUAAUGACAAAAACUGGAGAUCCACAUUCACGAGCCGGCCACCAAACUAGAAGUUCGGAACUCGAAGUACGCAAGCUCGGAACAAAGUCACCGUCUGUGGAAUCAGGAGCUUUUGGAGUUUGCCUACGUACGGAAGGGGCAGAAUUUGAGACAUUUAGGAAACAGUGUGAUGGAAUGACCCAGACUCAGACAACUAUGAAGACAUCCACUUUCGAACGUUCUCAACCUGAAAUUGAGUCUUUCACCAUGGAAGUUCCAUUAACUACCCUUUCGGGGAACAUUGAAACAAAAUCAAAUGUGAUCAAAAAGGACGGAUAUCAUCAUGCAGAAAUUGACAGAGCAUCUGUGCAGUUAGAGACCACACCGCACCUACCAAGAUGCUAUGAUGCCGAAGCUCAACUGUUCCAUGCUCCUAAGGUAACCGGGAGCUACAAUGGGAUGAGAAAUCAAAAUGACUCAUCUCUUCAAACUGAUGACAACGGGAUAAGCUACGAAAUGCAGACAUCUAAUAUGGCAGUCCAAGGCGAAUUUUUCUCAACAAACCAGGAACAGAUGAAGCAUUUAAGUCAAGCUUUUUGUACAAGUGCCUCUUAUAGUGAGCCUAAAGGCAGCGAACGGAGCAUCUCCGACGUCGAUUUGGAAAGCAGCGGCCUAGGCUUGGCACGCUCUACUGCAGCCAUCGCUAAAGGGACAUCAUAUAUGGCAACUCACUGUACCUGCAUGAAGAUGGUACCACGAGAACUUCAAACAAUUAAUAAUGCGAGCAUAAAUUCGUUUUCCUGUGCUCUUCAUCAGCCGAAAGCCCCCGAUUUUAUCAAGCCGCUUUAUGCCCGUUGUGAAACACCGCGUAGACUUCAAAGACCUGCUUCAGACGUUUUGAGAAUCGCAGCAAGUUGCCAGGUGGGAACUAUGCUUGUCCCAAAGGAGAUCAGAGUCUCAGCAGUAAGCGUUGAGAUUGAUGACAACUUGGUAGCUGACAAAUUGCAUCUCCCUAUGAAAUCUCUUCUUUGUCCAGCAUCAGUGGAGUGUCAUCCAGUUUUAACUGAGGAUGCGGGCAUUCAGAUUGUCGACAUGAAAGAGGUUGCACAACUCAAUAUCCAAACUCGUAAAGGCAGGUAUACGGCAGGGGUUGUAGAAAGCAAACAUAACCCCAGAGUGCUAACUUCCCAUAUGGUUCCAAAUGAAGCUUGCGUGGUUGAGUUUAAUACUUCGGGCACUGAAACGGACAGCGGAAGCGCUAAUUUGUCAAGAACUUCCUUAAAUCGAAAUACAGUAACUCAACGAAUCUUUAGAGAAGCUGAAUUCAAAAUUACUGUAAACGGGGUUCAAUCGGUUUCGUUAGAAAAUCGUGGUGAGAGCUGUUCGUCUGAACCAAGUUACGCAACUGCUUCAUGUCAAGUUGGAGUUCUUCUUUUGCCGGAGACUCUGGAGGUUGGAGCUGUGCCACUUCAACUGAGUAACAUGGAUAAAUCCAGCAGUAAUGACGUUGCUGUGGAAGCUGUUAUUUGCCCUACAAAGGUUCAAAUGAAGCCAGUUCUCACGGAGGAUGUCGGAAUUAAUGUCGCAAAAACACAGGGCCUUCAUCACAUGAACGUUCAAAUAGGUGGCUCAAUGUACAGAGCGUCAGUGCAGCCAGCGUCCCACCAGCGGCUUUAUCAGACUUCUGAAUCCGAUGGACACCAGUUGUGUACAUUAGAGAUCAAAGCGCAAGAAAGCUUAACUGAAAACUCUUCAGAAAACACAUUGUCAAACAUACAAACCACUUCUUCAUCAAAAACUUUCUCAAAUGCUGCUUUUACGAUUGCACUGACUGGCUCGAGAUCUCAGCAGGAGACGGUAAACCAAUUUGCCACCUGCUCCACCUGUCAUCGACAACUUGAAACUUCAUGGGAAUCAUCAGCUUCUACAGAAAUCUGUACAUCAAGGAGGCGCCAGAUGACAACCUCGCAGUCUACACAGGUAGGGGUCACUUUAAUUCCCACAAAAAACCAGUUUAGCGGAGUCAAUGCGAGAACCAAAGAGUCGAACUUAAGUCUACAAGUCGGAACUGCGACAAAUAAUAUAAUUGGCUCCUCUACUGUAAAACUAAUUUCUACGCUUUCAGAAACAAGUGGUAUUCAGGUAAAGGAUACAGGUGAGGUUGAUGCUGCAAACAGUUUAACCGAAGGAACCACGUAUUUUGGCGAUGCACGCAGCCAAUUAGCCAAGUUUACGACCAAGCCUAUUUCGCAAACUCGUCUUGCUAAUCUUGCUCAGGCAACUGGUGAUUUGAUGCCAGGUGAAAAAACGCAAAUUCAAAAACCACUUGCUGUUGAUGUGGGUAAGGCAGCGAAAUUUCGACAGUCCGAAUGUGACAUCGAGGUCGUCAACACACAAGUCAGCGACGUCUGUGAAUUUUGUCAUGGUAGUGGAAGAAGAGCCUCAGGUCACCUCAGUUCCCAAAACCGUCUAGCUAGCUCUACUUCUUCUACGUAUCAAUCUGUAGCCAACCGCAACAUCAGAGGCCCACCAAUGAGGAGUAUCAAAUGUCAGGUUGGAACCAUGCUACGACCCACGCGUGUUUAUUUGGCUAAUGUCGAAAUGAAGCCGAGGACAACCGAAGUUGCUAAACUAAUUGGCAUAAAUGCGAACUCAAUAAUCUGUCCAUCAAGUGUUCAGUUGAGAACCGAACUGACUGAAAAUGCUGGCAUCGAAGUACUCGACGUGAAGGAUGUGGGCAGUAUGGAGGUUCUGGCAGGAACGGCUUCAUUUGAAGCAAGUGUGUGCGGUGGUGCAACAGUUGAACUAGAAACGAAGCUUACCGACACCUCCGGAAUAACUGUGGUGGACGUUCGUGAAGUGAAGGAACUGGGAAUAACCGUAGGUGAAAAAAAAGGCGCGGUGAGUGUUGCAGGUAGAAAAAUGGGAGUAAGGGGUUUAAGCGCCAACUUCGAACCUCCAGAACCCGCUUACCUGGUUUUUAAUUCCCGUCAGUCUAUGAGCCUCGCGCACACAAGAGGCAUGAUCAACACGACAGCGAUAUCUGAAACAAAAAAAACUAUUGACCGAAAUGCAGGAUGCACAUUUCGAAUCCGUCAACUUGCGGAACCGUUGAAAUCGGUGGCCCUCUCAAGAACGCAGUUAAAACCUGAAGUAUGUAAGCAGGAGAGCAUCGGUUGCCAGGUCGGUGCAAAGAUUAUACCCGAUACAAUAAGGGUUUCUUCCGUCAAGUUACAUGUAGAGGAUGAUGCCAGUGCAGAUAUUUUUGGAGUUCCAGUAGGUUCAACACUUCUACCAACCACGUGCAACUUUAAAACACAACUCUUCGAAAUGCCGGGCAUCGACUUGGUCCAAAUGAAUUCAGUGGACCAGCUCGAACUGCAGAUUGAAAAUGAAAAGUUUAGUGCUCAAGUGGACGGAGGUAGCUGUAGACUGAAGACUUCCACUACGACAGGAACAUGGAACAAGAAACUUGCUACAUCCAGCCUGCCCGGUUUUCAAAGAACCGCAGCCCAAGUGACUUCUGGAGCCCAGCGAGCAGAUGCUCAUUUACCCCUCACCACUGGUCCAUAUCUGAUAGCAGAGUGGGAAACUAUUUCCCCGAAGGAAAGUCUUGUGGUACUAAGUGGACUUACUCUGGGAGGACAAAAAUUGAGGCUUCGAGUGAACGGUGAUAUUCGUGGUAAACUGCACGUGCAGACAGGGCAGUUCACACCUGGUGACGCAAAACAAGUUACCGGCUACAUAGGUUCUCAGAUGGGAACAGCAAACAGAGUUUUACCGGGAAGGCCAAACUCAAGACUGUGUGACGUUGCGUGCGAGGCUUUAAUCAAACCCGAUACACUCGAAAAAAGGUUACAAACAGCAAAUCUCUAA